GCAGGGUGUGAUGACGGAUGGCACCACUGAAGAGGAAAUCACAGAGAAAAGGGGAAGAGACAGUGAAACAUGAAGACUGGAUAGUUAGUCUAUUCAUUUCUCCCUCUCUCACCGUCUCACCUUCUUUCUACCACUAUCCCUCUCUUUCACUUUCUCGCACACAGACAGAUGAUGAAAGUAAGUCUGAUUUCCCUCGCCCUAUGCCUUCCUCACCUCCUCGACACUGCUGUCCUCCAUUCCACCACAGAGGCUUCCCUGAGCCCAACCAAAAAGCCACGAACAUUUUUGGACCUCAGAUUAAGCCACACGACACCAGAAACCCUGAAACCUUCAGUCUCUACAACCGAAACUCAACCUGGGUGGACUAAAGGCAUGUUCAACAGCCAAAAAGAGACAACGGCCGGGUUGGCACAGGUCAAAGACUCAGGUGGCACAACUAAAGGGGACCUUGUCAGAAGAGGAAUUUCCCUUUAUGCUGUCACAGCCGUCAAGAACCUCAACGGGCAUGCACCUGCAGGUGGGUCCAGGUGGGAAAAAGAAAUACACAGUUCCCAUGGGGCCCUUCUGAAUGGUGAACACACAUCCUUGCCCAGUGCCAACCAACAUAGCACUCUCCCAGGGGAGGAAAGGGCCACGUAUCAUGACAGCAGCACCACUGAUACAGCCAGAGAACUGAUCACACCAAAUUCCACAGGGACGUGGGCUGCAGACAGCGUUAACUACACCAGGCUAGCGACUACACUCUUUGAUGAGUCCCCAAAAGACCAACAAACUGCAACACCCAAAGGCUUAGAGAGUGCACGUUCAGCUACUCCCGCUGGGAACUACUACAGAGAAAAGAGCGACUUCUUUAUGAGCACUUCCUCUAGUAGAACGACCGGUUCCAACAAAAGUAAACAAAGUGGGUAUAGCAGUGCCAUUCCAACGGUAUCCCCUAAUUACACAGUCACACUUCCAGGCACAUAUGAGCACAUGACUGUGACAACCAAGGCUGUUAACUUGAAAACACAGCGUGAAGACACAAACCAGUCUGUGGUCAACAGGGUCACCUCCAUGGCUUCAAUACUCCAUGCCAACAUCAGCAAAACUCUUCACCGUGGCACUAACAAUGCACUGGAUUACAACAUAGAUGAAUAUGCAAAGGAACUUUGGAACAGUAGCAGUUCCAGAACUUCGAAGGACCAUAACCAGACUGUUCUUUUGUAUGACGAAACAUCCCUCUCAGGGCAGGGCAACGGGUUAAAUAACAUAACUGCAUUCGACCACACGGCUCACCCUGAGUGUAGAGAGGAAGACGAGAUGCAGGCGUCUGUGCUGCACGGCCCUAGCAGACUAGUCUGUUUCGUCAUUCUGUGGGCUCUAGCAAUGACCGCUUCUGUCUCCCUGGGUCUCAGCAUCUUCCUGUGGGUGCGGAUGUCAGUCCAGAAAGAUAAGAAAAGAGUAGGAGAUGGAAGACGGGAAAGGGCAUCAAAGGUGAAUCUGGAGAGCCUGUGGACGGACCAAACAACAUCGGUGGAAGAGAGGGUGGAAUUCUGGUACGCCAACGGCACCACCCUUGGACAUAACCAACAGGGGAGGGAAAGAAAGAGGGAGUGGAGGGAGGAGAAGGGAAACGGUGGGAAGGGGAAGGAAAAAUGGAGAGGGAGUGAAUGUGAGAGCCUGUGGAUUCAGCCAAAGGUGACAUUGGAAGACAUCACAGAUUUCUGGUACGCAAAUGGCCGAAUGAGACCGGAAGAACCAACAGACCAGAGGUUGUUGGAAACAUGUGUAUAAUUAUUUAUAUUUAUGUACAACAGUAUGGCAAAUUCCUGGACUUGAUUUGAAGAUAAACAUUGGUUAUCUUAACUGAUGUCUUAGAUGUAACUGCGUUGGAGCUGUCAAAUCAGAAUACCACCCUAGCCACGUAUAAUUUUGUAGUGCAGAGAUGUUACAAGUUUAAACACUGAAACGUGUUGUAAUCCUCACCUUAAUUGUUUUAUUUUUAGCAUUUCCUGAAGAUAUAUUUUUGCUGCCAUGUAUGCUUUAUUGGAGACAGUGGGGAAAACAGAGUUUUUUUUACCUGAAAAAGAUUUGGGUUGUUAUUUCAAUGUGUAUACUGCAGCUUACACUAUUCUUUUCUAUAUCCAGACUUCAGAAGAAAUGCAAGAGCUAUCGUGCAUGGCUAAAUACCAAAAAACAAUUAAAAUGCUGUUACACCUCUGACAGUCUUGAAAACCAAUAACAUGAAACUGUUGUGCAGUUGUCAGUCAUUGCAGGUUUACGCUAGAAUUGGCCUAGCAUAGCCCACAGUUAAUAUGUUAUAUGUAAUUGGGCACUUUUGACUUUUAUUGAUAGAGUAGAAAACACCGGAAAGAUGUAGGUGGUAGCAGUGGAUGUUUACUCACAGUUUUGACAACUAGACUUGAUCUUUGGCCAUAUAUUUUAAUUUUCCCAAUAUUCAUUAAUAAUCUGCAUGUUUAUCUGUUGGUUCAUGCAAAUAUUAUACUCUUUCUUAUGUUUGUAUAAAUAAAUUAAAGUUUUUUAGCUAUUAUCUGGUCCUCUGUAUUUUACUUGUUAGAAUUGUAGUUGCUACAUUGUGGAUGCAAUUUCAAUGAGGGUCUACAAUGAAAAUCUAUGUAUGCACUAAUACAAGUUGCUCUGGAUAUGAGUUUCUGCUGAACAAAGUCCAUAAUAUGUAAGGUACUGUUUGUUUAGAAUACAUGCAAGACAAAUAAAGCCAGUGUCUAAUCAGAAAGAAACAAAGAAAGGAAAGAGAUUAGAUCAAAAUGACUUGUAACUCCUGACGAAAACAAAAAUUUUAAGACACUCGUAACGUUGUUAGUGACAAAAUGUCAGUGUUUGUGUCAGAUAGCAAUGAGAAGAAAUGCAACAAACGGGUGACUCCUUAAACUGCCUUGGUGUGAAAAGCUCUGAAAGGAAAUAGUUAACUGAAAGCAGUAAUCAAGAUAACCUUAAUCUGACUGUUAACCCACAGUACACUCAUUCUAGGGUAUUAUGAAAUGUAUAACUGUAAGUGCAGUAGAAUAUCUGUCAUUGUAGAAUUUUAGAGUUUAACUCCUGACCAAAGUUGGUCAGGAGUUAACUCUAAAAUUCUAAAACGUCUCAAAACGGGAGGCUGAAAUGUUCUGGCAUGAAAAUAAAACGUGUUAAAUGUGGUGACAUUUUCCUCAUCCUCCCCUUAGACAACCUACGCCCUGUGACUGUCCACCCCACCCACCCCCACACACAAACACAUGAAUGCACAUUAACACACAACACCAAACACCCUU